AUGAGUACCGACUUGCUAGCCGACAUCGAUGCAAGCAGUAUCUUCGACAGCCUGCGUGCCGAUGGAGUUCUCGAAAUUCCAGAGGCAGAGGAACAGUCUGAAGUCGACAAAAAACAGGAUGAAAGCGGUAGCAAGGCAGAUGCCGAGGAGGAACCUCCCAGAGAAGAUGUGAAACCGGCAGAGCCCAGUGGAGAGGCUGACACCGGGGAUGUCAAGCCCAGUGGGGGUGCUUCCGGCGUGGAUCAGAGUCAUUUAGACAAGAAAACCGGGCUGAAUAAAUUCAGAGACUUGGAGAGGCAGCGAGAAGAGGAACGCAAGCACCACCAAAAGGAGCUUGAAGAGGAAAAAGCAAAGAGAUCGGCGUACACUGGAAAAAAGUGGGAAGUGACCAGUACGGCUGGCCCAGUGCGGCCCCAGGAGGCUGGUCACCGGGUUGAGGGUGCGGUCAAAUCGAGCAAAGGCAAACGCAGCGCCCGCGAAGAGAUCGAGGAGCAAACCAGGCUUGCGCGAGAUAAGCGACAGCUGGAGCAUUCAGCUGCUUCGGAGGUUCCUGUGGGUGCAGCUGCGUCGUCCAGCGAUGCCGCUCCAGGUGAAUCAACUACACCAGAUGAGCCGAGUCUCCACAAUAUUGCGGCGGCUGCGGCGCCUCAAGAAGAGGCCCAGGGUGGCGAGUCGGAUUCCGCACGUGCUGAAGCAUCUGAGAAACUGAAGCCAGAGGACGGGACAGCCGACGCAGCCGCUCAAGAGGGCGGAGCGGCUGAGCCCCAGGAACAGGCCGCGGGCGCCGGCGAAGCCUCAGAGGAUGCCGCGGCAGACGCAUCGAAAAAAGAGACCGAAGUGGCGAACAGAGCGAGCGUUGCUUCUGUUUCAAGAAGUGGCAGCUGCCAAGAGAGUGCAGAGGAGAAACCGGCUUCAAAGGCUAACAAGAAGAAGUUUCCGGUGUUCUUCGCGUGUUUCAACAAGAAGGGUGCAAAGGAACCGACAAGGAUGCAGAAAUCAACCAUAUCCAUACGCGCAGUUCCUUCCGGAGAGGCUGAAGCUCGAGAUCCCGCUUGCGGCACUCCUCCGGCAGAAGCUGAGGGAGCGGAGGCUUCGAAAGGUGUGGACUUCUCGGAUCAGCCCGCUAGCAAGGCGGAGGAGCAAGCGGCAGAGCCAGCCGAAGAAGAAGCCAAGCAACGGGUCGAGGCGCAGGAUGGCACGGCGGAGCAGGAACAGCAGGCGCCGGAGAGCGAGAAGCACGACAGAGCUCCAGAACAAGAGGACGCACAAGAUAAGAAACCACAGGAUGGCGAGGAAGAGAAAGAGCAAGCUGCUGAGGAAGUGAAAGAGCAAGUUGGUGCUCAGGCAGCACCAGAGCAGGACGAGAAGGGGCAAGCCGCCCUUGAGGAGGAGAAGCAGGCUGGGGAACCACAGGAGGCCGCAUAA